AUGAAAAGGAGUCGAAAAUUUGCGGUUCAAGUGAUGCCACAGCCAGAAAAAUCGCUCGGUAACAACCUUCCAAUAAUUCGCAUUCCAGGAGAUGGUAGAUGUUUGUUUAGGUCUGUGGUCUAUGGUGCAUGCCUCAGAUCUGGGGAACCAUCUCCAAGUCUUAGUAGGCAAAAAGAACUUGCAGAUGAACUCAGAGCCAAAGUUGUGGAUGAAUUCAUCAAGAGAAGGGCAGACACUGAGUGGUUUCUAGAGGGUGACUUUGACACCUACACAGUACAGAUGCGAAAACCUCACAUAUGGGGAGGAGAACCUGAACUUCUCAUGUCCUCACAUGUUUUACAGAUGCCAAUAACAGUGCUCAUGCAGGAUAAGAAUUCGAAUAACCUUAAAGUUAUAGCUGAAUAUGGUGAGGAGUAUGGGAAGGAUAACCCUAUUCGAGUCAUCUAUCAUGGCUACGGCCACUACGAUGCAUUAUUGAAGAGUUCCACAUAUUAG